AUGGCAUCUGUUUAUACAACCUUAGCAAUAACAGGAUUGUUUUUAAUUUCUCCUGUUAUACUACCAGCACUGUUUCUGGGGGGGUUAUUUUACGAUUUUUUCAAUUCAGAACUGCCACCUGGAAUUGACCAACCUCUAAAGCUUCGUCUUUUCCAUUCACUGUUGAUUACAACCAUGAUCUCGGGAAAGAUUUUGGAGAAGCUAGGGAUCUGCAGUGAUUUCAGCUUAUUGCGAGUUCUGAUAGAUGGAAUACCACCACCAAGGGAUUCAAAACUCCUUAUCAAAGAUCUCAAAGUAGAUGAGGUACCGUUGAGGAUUUAUCAGCCUAAAUGGCCACCUACUGGCAAAAGAAGAGGAAUGCUCUAUUUUCAUGGAGGCGCUGGCACAUUUGGGAGCAUUAGAGCCUUUGAAAGAAUAUGCCGUUAUAUUGCCAAAAAAUGCAACUCAGUGGUUGUGUCUGUUGGCUAUCGUUUAUCUCCUGAACACCCAUACCCAGGGCAAUAUUUUGAUUGUCUCAAUGCCACCUUAUAUUUUAUGAGGAAUUUAGAAGAGUAUCAUGUGGACCCUGCUCUCAUCAUCAUCAGCGGUGACAGCUGUGGAGCUAAUUUUGCUACGGUUAUUUGCCAAAUACUGCUGAAUAAAAGAGAUCUCCCAAAAGUACGUGCGCAAGUCUUACUUUAUCCAGGACUACAGGGGCUAGAUUUUCAUUUGCCUUCCUAUCAGCAGAAUGCUUCAGUCCCCAUAUUGUUUCGGAAGCUAGUUAUCUACUUCUGUUUUCGUUACCUUAAUAAAAAACCAGUAUUUUUGGAAGAUGUCAUACAAAAUUGCCAUGUUCCUGAGAGUAUGAAAUUGAAGUACAAAAAAUGGGUAAGUGCUGACAUUAUUCCUGAUGAAUUUAAGACUAGAGGCUACGCACCACAGAAAUUCACUUCAUAUAAACCCGAAGUCCAUGAAGCAAUCAAAGAAAUUUUAGCAAUACCAUUUUCCCCACUUCUAGCUGAAGACUCCAUUAUUUCCCAGCUCCCUGAAUCCUACAUUUUGACCUGUGAGUUUGAUGUCCUUAGGGAUGAUGGACUGUUAUACAAGAAGCGAUUAGAAGACAAUGGCGUUCCGGUAACCUGGUAUCAUUCUGAGAGUGGUUUCCAUGGAAUUUUAGCCUUUUUUGGCUAUGGGGUUAUUUCCUUUUCAUCUGGAAAAAAGAUAAUGGAUAAUAUUGUGAAUUAUAUAAACAGUUUAUAA